CUCUUGUAUCAGGAAUAUCGAGAUAAAUCUACACGCCAGGAGAUUGAAACCAGACGACUGCAGGACUCACAGACAGACCCUGAGGAGAGUUCACCCACUGAGGAAGCCCCAUCCGAAGCAGAACCUACAAGUACAACCGAAAGCAAAGCUCCACCACAAAUCAGUUUGCUGAGGAACUCCAACUCCAGGUUCAAUUUAUGGCAGGAUCUUCCUGAGAUCCGAAGCAGCGGGGUCCUCAGCAUCCUCCAGCCAGAUGAGAUCAAGCUGCAGGAGGCCAUGUUUGAGCUGGUUACUUCCGAAGCCUCGUAUUACAAGAGUCUCAAUCUGCUGGUGUCUCACUUCAUGGAGAAUGAACGUCUGAAAAAGAUCUUACACCAGUCUGAGGCACACAUCCUCUUCUCCAAUGUCCUGGAUGUCAUGGCUGUUAGUGAGCGCUUCCUGUUGGACCUCGAGCAGCGGGUGGAGGAGAAUAUUGUGAUCUCGGAUGUGUGCGAUAUCGUCUACCAGCAUACGGUUAAUCACUUCUCUGUGUACAUCACCUACGUCUCCAACCAGACCUACCAGGAGAGAGCUUACAAGCAGCUUCUCCAAGACAAGCCAGCUUUCCGGGAGGUGAUCUCACAGCUGGAGCUGGAUCCCAAGUGCAAAGGCCUGUCCUUUUCUUCCUUCCUGAUUCUGCCAUUUCAAAGGAUCACUCGGCUCAAGCUGCUGGUGCAGAAUAUUUUGAAGAAAGUGGAAGAGAAGUCUGACAGGGAAACCACUGCCCUGGAUGCGCAUAAAGAACUGGAAACAGUGGUGAAAGCAUGUAAUGAAGGUGUCAGGAAGAUGAGCCGAACAGAGCAGAUGAUCAGCAUCCAGAAAAAGCUGGAAUUCAAGAUCAAGUCUGUGCCCAUCAUCUCUCACUCCCGCUGGCUGCUGAAGCAGGGUGAACUGCAGCAAAUGAAUGGUCCAAAGACAUCACGAACACUUCGCACCAAGAAACUCUUCAGAGAAAUCUACUUGUUCCUUUUCAAUGAUCUGCUGGUAAUUUGCCGGCAGAUUCCUGGGGACAAGUACCAAGUGUUUGACUCUGCUCCCCGGGGACUUCUUCGGGUAGAAGAGUUAGAAGAUCAGGGGCAGAGUUUGGCCAACGUCUUCAUCUUGAGGCUGCUGGAAAACGCAGAUGACCGGGAGGCCAGCUACAUGCUGAAGGCAUCGUCCCAGAGCGAAAUGAAGCGCUGGAUGAUUUCGCUGGCCCCAAACCGGAGAACCAAGUUCGUUUCAUUUACAUCCAGACUUGUUGACUGCCCGCAGAUCCAGUGCGUCCACCCAUACGUGGCCCAGCAGCCGGAUGAGCUCUCCUUGGAACUGGCUGAUGUCCUCAACAUCCUGGACAAGACAGACGAUGGCUGGAUAUUUGGGGAGCGCCUGCACGACCAGGAGAGGGGCUGGUUCCCCAGUUCUAUGGGGGAGGAGAUCCUGAACCCCAAAAUCCGAGCCCAGAACUUGAAGGAGUGUUUCCGGGUGCACAAGUCGGAUGACAGUCAGCGGAGGAAACUGGGCAGCAGAAACCGCCAAUGACCGCUGG